UCAGGAGCCCUGAGCCGAUGGCAGGGGGACGCAUGGGCCGUGCUCCCUGGCCCUGUCCCAUCCCAUCCCUGCCCCACAGCCGUGCUUGCAGCCGGAGCGGUUCUGCCCCUUGGUCUGACGCUGUCCCUUUGCUGUCUCCACCUCAGAUGCACCGAGUCCAGCUGAAGCCACCGGGGCUGAGAGCUGCGGGGCCGGUGGCCCUGUGACAGCAGCAGCAGCAGCAGCAGCGCGGGACCAUGGCUGCGGCAGCGCAGAUCCCGCUGUGCUCCGUGACCGCGUGGCUGCUCCUGCACGGCCUCCUCCUGGCCUCCCGUCCCCGCUCGGCCGCAGCGUUCCCCAAGGGCUGCUACCCCUCGGAAGAGGAGGGCCUGAAGACGUUCCGCUGCAGCAACGCCCGCCUCACCGAGGUCCCCAGGGACAUCCCCAACGACACCAACAAGCUCUACCUGGACUCCAACCGAAUCCCAUUCCUGCCUCACGACGCCUUCCAGGACCUGCCCCUCCUGCUGGAGCUGGAUCUGUCCCACAACGCCAUCGCCGGCGUCGAGAGCGGAGCUUUCCGGGGUCUGGCAGAGCACCUCCGCUCCCUGGACCUGUCCUCCAACAAGCUGGUGUCCGUCAGCAAAGACGCCUUCAGCAACCUGAAGGCCAAGGUGAACCUCUCCGACAACCCCUGGCUCUGCGACUGUCGGCUGCAGGAGCUCAUCCGCACCGUGGAGCUGGCGGCCGGCUCCUCCGGCGGCCUCGUCUGCGACUCCUCGGCGCAGGAGGAGCACGUGGGCAAAGCCUUCCUGCAGGUGAUGGCCGACACGGACCUCUGCAACGUCUACAAGAAGACCACGGACGUGGCCAUGCUGGUCACCAUGUUCGGCUGGUUCGCCAUGGUCAUCUCCUACCUGGUCUACUACGUGCGGCAGAACCAGGAGGACGCCCGGCGGCACCUCGAGUAUCUCAAGUCCCUGCCCAGCAAGCAGCGGAGGUCGGAGGAGUCGUCCACCAUCAGCACCGUGGUGUGAGGCUCCGGCAGGACU